AGGCUGAUCUUGUCUGAAAAUGAGUCAGUUCUACAAUAGCAUCGAGCCAAACGUUAUUGAUGAUGAAAUGGUUCAGAAAGCCGUGGAAGAGCAGUGUCCAGAGGACAUAAGAAAACUUGCCAAAAGGGAAAGUAUUAACUUUAAGGAUGUGACAGAGCUACAGCUUAGUUUUAGCAAUAUCCUGCAGAUUGAUAAUCUGUGGCAGCUUGAGAAUCUGACUAAACUGCAGCUGGACAACAACAUCAUCGAGAAGAUAGAAGGUCUGGAGAGUCUGGUUCACCUUGUAUGGCUCGACUUGUCCUUCAACAACAUUGAAGUAAUUGAGGGCCUGGAUACCCUUGUCAAACUGCAGGACCUCAGUCUCUACAAUAACAGAAUAUCUAAAAUCGAGCACAUGGACACAUUGCAAGAGCUGCAGAUUUUCUCCAUCGGACAGAAUAACCUGACCACUCUGGAAGAUGUGAUCUACCUCAGGAGGUUUAAAAACUUACGCUCGCUGAAUCUCACGGGGAACCCUCUCUGCGACGAUGAGCAGUAUUUGCUCUUUGUUGUGGCUCAUCUUCCAGACCUGCUGUACUUGGACUUCAAGCUCGUGAGUGACACCACGCGAGAAGGCGCAGUCUUAAAGUAUCAAGAUCUUACUGCGCCGUUGGAACAGGAGGAGGCUCAGGCCCUGGCUCAGCUCGGGGAAAAACAGGCAAAGCAGAAAGAGCUGGAGUACCACAAGACAGCCUUUGUGGAGUACCUGAAUGGAUCGUUCCUCUUUGACAAUAUGUAUGCAGAGGAUACAGACGCUGCCAAACUGGCUUCCCUCCCUGGAGUGGGUGACCUGCUGCAGGCGUACAGGAAGGAGUUUGUCUCAGUGUGCGAGGAACUAUUUAACUAUGGUCUGAGAGAGUACGAAAAACGAGAAGCUGAAGUCUCUGAGUUCUACGAAAGCCUUCACGAAGCGUUAACAGCCAACCAGCGAGAAGGCAGGAAGAUAAUCGUAGACUUUGAAAAUCGGAACAAAAGGAGGCUGGAUGAGAUUCAUAAUGCCAGUAGUUAUGAUAUUGCUGAGUCUAAACGAGCCGAGUACGAGGAGGACAUACUCCAGCUGUCAGAAGCACUCAUGACCUUGGAAAUGCGGAUAGCUGACCAGCUGGAGGAACUAAUAAAGGAUUUUAAAAGAAACAUUGCUGUCCUGGCAUCAACAUUCAUUGAAAACGUUAAAGGGAUGACGACCCGCUGCCGGGACCUGGAAAACCGUCACCAUGAAAAGCUGCUGGAGAUCUGCGUUGUCGCACUGGAGAGAUCCGUCAAGGAUGAGCUUGACGCGGAUUUGCCAGAUGACGUUCGAAUGCUUCUCGGGGACACCACCACCAUUGUCAACGCCGCCAACGUGUCCCACAGCAUCCGCCUGCGGAAGAUUGAUAAGCGAGAGAGCGACAUCCUCAGCAACGCCUACCGCUGGCAGGCCUCCGUGACAGAGCAGGCUCUCCAAAACGAGAUCGACAGAAACCGCCACCGCGUCAAAGAGAUCGUUCAGUACAUCGACAGGCUCCAGGAGGAGCUGGGUAACACGGAGAUCCUGGAGCUGACGGAGUAG